AUGGGGUAUAACAAUUAUGACUAUUCCUUAUUUACUCAAAAAAUUGGCACUGAGAUCUUGCUAGUAUUAGUGUAUGUUGAUGAUCUACUGGUAACUGGUAGUAGCCUAUCUUUGAUCAAGAAGGUCAGGUUGGAUCUUCAAACCAAGUUCAAAAUGAAAGACUUCGGUGAAUUGAAAUAUUUUCUUGGCAUAGAAUUUUCUAGAUCAGAGAAGGGAAUCCACAUGUGUCAAAGGAAAUACUCCUUAGAACUAGUAUUUGAGUUGGGACUAUCAGGAAGUAAACCAGCCAUUACUCCCUUAGAGUUCAACCACAAGCUUACAUCUAUGGAAUAUGACUCUAUCAUCAGUGAAAAUGCAUCAGAAAAUGAUCAGCAACAGCCAACCACUUCUGUAAAUGACAGGCAGCUUGAAGACAAAGGGUGCUAUCAAAGAAUUGUUGGAAGGUUGUUAUAUCUGACCAUGACCAGGCCAGACCUUGCAUUUGUUGUACAGAUCCUAAAAUCAAGGAAGUCAGUAACAGGCUAUGCUGUAAAAUUUGGUGAUGCCUUAGUCUCAUGGAAGUCAAAAAACCAAGAGACUGUGUCUAGAAGUUCUCCUGAGGCUGAGUUCAGAAGCAUGGCCUCAACUGUUGCUGAAAUCACUUGGUUAACUGGAUUGUUUUUCAGAGUUAGGAAUAACUGUUGCAACACCAGUUCAGUUGUUUUGUGA